UAAAAGCUUUUUAUCCUCUCCUCCACAAGGGAACAGUGUAAAUUUAGGGAUUCAUAGUCCUAGCUAAAACAUGAUGAACAACCAACAAGGGUACCAAGCAUACCAAGGGAUAGAAGACAUGCUCUCCUUGCCGACGGGACCCGCUGCCGCCACGGCCUCGUGUGCGGUGGACGCCCCGCUGUCGUACUCCCUUCUCUACAAUGUCUCCGCACUUUGCGAGAAGAUCCAGCAACUGGAAUCCUACGUCGGGAUCAUCAUCUCCCCUAGCAGGAUGCAGCAAGAGUCGGUGGGGGUUGCGGUGUCCGAUGCGGGUUCUCUCGCCAAGGAGAUCAUUGUCUCAACCUCGUCGAUCAUGUAUGCACUCCAGCAGAUUGGACUCGAGACGGUCUCCGCUCCAACCGAUGAGCUAUUAGCCCGACAGGCGAAAACCUCUUACGAGGAUUCGAGCGAAGCGCUCGACCAUGCGGUUCGAAGCAAUAACCUCGACGGAGGUCGGAGCAUCGUCUUUUCCGAUGCCGAUGUUCACUACAGUUGCAACCCUAGCAACACAACAAGUGACCACAUGACGAGCGGUAACAAUGGCGAUCAUGCAGUCAAUAGCAACAAAAAUCACGGCAAGCCGGGGUUUUCUCACACUGCCGAGAAGAAAAAGGAGCCCAAACUCGGCUCAUUGUCGAAGGAGUAUGAUGUAAUCGAGCUAAACGCUGCAGAUUUGCUAGCGAUGUACUCUUACUAUUGCCAAGUGUGCGGGAAGGGGUUCAAGCGGGACGCGAACCUGAGGAUGCACAUGAGAGCCCACGGCGACGAGUACAAGACCACCGCAGCGCUCACCAACCCAGCGAAGACGAUGAUCGCCGCUCUAUCGGGUGACAAAGUAGUGGGGUGCGGGGCACGCAAGUACUCGUGCCCGCAGGAAGGGUGCAGGUGGAACAAGAAGCACCCACGGUUCACACCGCUCAAGUCGCUGGUGUGCAUGAAGAACCACUACAAGCGGCGCCACUGCCCGAAGAUGUAUGUGUGCAAACGGUGCGAGCAGAAGCAGUUCUCGUUGCUGUCGGACCUCCGCACCCACGAGAAGCACUGCGGGGACCUCCGGUGGCGGUGCUCCUGCGGCACCAACUUCUCCCGGAAGGACAAGCUCAUGGGGCAUGUCGCGCUCUUCGUGGGACACACUCCGAUCAUCGGCGGCGCCUCAUGCAGCUUCACCAAGAACUAGUUUGCCCGUACGAAUAUUUAGGAGGGGGAGUUGAUCUUAAACAGGUAUCGUACGCUUAUAGUUCAUGUUUAGCAUUGCAUGUUAAUAAUAUAAUGGAAUAUAUAUACAGUUACACUUGUUGAUUUGGCUUAUGUGUUUAAUUCGUACACCUCACUUGUUGUAAAACAGUAGAUACUCCAAACACUAGCUACAGGUUGAUAUUUCCAUGCUUUUAAAAGCAUGUUAUCUUUGGACACGUACAUCAUGCAUGUAAUCAUGUAGAAAGGGUCUUCUUCGAUCUUUAUAUAAUAAGAACAAGAAAAGAAUGCAUUUUUUCAAAAAAAGAAUGCAUUUUUUCAAUAGUUGGGACUUCUUCAAUAGUUAGAAGCUGAAGAAGCAAGCCCCAACACUCUAUAUCUCUUAAUUACAUCUCCGUACUUUAC